CACCCUCUUUCCCCGGAGGAAGACCGGCGAGUGACGUGAGCGGCUCCGCGCUGCCCCUGUGCAACUCCCCCGCCCCUUCCCCAGACAGGAGGCGGGAAGAUGGGAGGAGUGAUGUGAGUCGAGCUGGGCUGUGCGAGCCGAGAAGUGGCGACCGGAGGGAGCUGCUGCGGCCGCCCGUGCACCUGAUCGGCUGCGCUGGAGGGACAGAAGCGGUCUGGGCUUCGCUCGCUCCAGCUGGACCUGCAGCCCCAGGGGCGCCGGAUUUCCAAAGGCGGCUCGUCGCUGCUGCCCCGCUUACCCAUGGCUUCGUCCGGCAGCGGCAUGGAGGAGGUGCGCGUUUCGGUGCUGACCCCACUUAAGCUAGUGGGGCUGGUCUGCAUCUUCCUGGCGCUGUGUCUGGAUCUGGGAGCCGUGCUGAGCCCGGCCUGGGUGACGGCCGACCACCAGUCUUACCUGUCCCUCUGGGAGACCUGCACCAAGUCCAGCAACUUGGACUCCUGGGACUGCACCUCUACCUUGAACAGCGAUUGGCAGAUCGCUACACUUGCUAUGCUGUUGGGUGGUGCUGCCAUAAUUCUUAUAGCUUUCUUGGUUGGAUUAAUUUCGAUCUGUGUGGGGUCACGGAGGCGUUUCUACAGACCAGUUGCUGUCAUGCUGUUUGCAGCAGUGGUUCUUCAGGUGUGCAGUCUUGUCCUUUAUCCAAUCAAGUUCAUUGAAACGGUCAACUUGAGAAUAUACCAUGAGUUCAACUGGGGCUACGGCCUAGCUUGGGGUGCAACUAUAUUUUCAUUUGGGGGUGCCAUACUUUAUUGUCUAAACCCUAAGAACUAUGAAGACUACUACUGAAAACAGCUGCUUAAAACAAAUAAGAAGA